AACCUCUUCGAAACAUUCAAAAAAUCUCAUAAACGAAACCAAAAAGAAAACCUCUCUCUAAAAAUAAAAUAAAAAAAUCUCCGGCGAAUCUCCGACGAUGGCUGUGCCGGAAAAUUUAACCAGAGAGCAGUGCCUAUACUUAGCAAAGCUCGCCGAGCAAGCCGAGCGUUACGAGGAGAUGGUAAAAUUCAUGGACCGCCUCGUAGCCGUCUCGGGUUCCUCUGAACUAACCGUAGAGGAGCGAAAUCUCCUCUCGGUAGCGUAUAAGAACGUAAUCGGCUCACUUCGAGCCGCAUGGAGGAUAGUAUCGUCAAUUGAGCAAAAGGAAGAAGGUAGGAAGAACGACGAACACGUGGUUCUAGUGAAGGAUUAUAGAUCUAAGGUUGAAUCUGAGCUUAGUGAUGUAUGUGCUGGAAUUUUGAAGAUUUUGGAUCAGUAUUUGAUUCCUUCGGCUUUGGCUGGUGAAUCGAAGGUGUUUUACUUGAAGAUGAAGGGAGAUUAUUAUCGUUAUUUGGCUGAAUUUAAAGUUGGUAAUGAACGUAAGGAGGCUGCUGAGGACACUAUGCUUGCCUACAAAGCUGCUCAGGACAUUGCGCUUGCUGAGCUCGCCCCAACACAUCCUAUACGACUUGGGCUAGCUCUCAACUAUUCAGUAUUCUACUAUGAGAUUCUGAAUGCAUCAGAAAAAGCAUGCAGCAUGGCUAAACAGGCCUUUGAGGAAGCUAUUGCCGAACUGGACACUUUGGGGGAGGAAUCCUAUAAGGAUAGCACCCUUAUCAUGCAGUUAUUGAGGGACAAUCUCACUCUCUGGACUUCCGAUAUGCAGGAGCAGAUGGACGAGGCUUGACAUUAAACUGCUCCUCCAGCAGGUGGGCAAUGUCACACAGCAACUCUGUAAUCUACAUGUGACUGAUAACUUUUGUAAUUUUAUUUCUCAUGCCUACUUUGGUUGUUACUUAUUCAAACUCUGGUUUGAAACUUAAUGUUUUUAAUUUUAUUUCUCGAGCUUCCCUUUCU